AUGCUCCAAGACCGCCUCAACGACGCAGCCAUCGCCCUGCACCGCAUGCUGACCCCAGCGAACGUCCGCUUCGGCAUCUUCGGCGGCUACGCAAUCGGUGUCCUCGGCGGCUCCCGCGAAAGCAAAGACAUCGACUGUCUUGCCUCCAUAUCAAAAGAUCAAGUCCUCGCUCUUCUCGACGGCAAAGGCGGGUUCGCUGCCGUUCCACAGGGCCGCCAGGACUACGUUGCAUUCCUGUGGUCUGACAGCGUCAAUCGCGCUAACCCUGUGCUCGUAGAGAUAUUCUGCGAGCAGUUUGCGGGCGCCCAAUACACCAUGCGCAACGUGCAAGCAACCAUCCGCACCGUGAACGGACAGCGCCUCGGCACAGGGCCCUCCAGCUUCCUGGACCCAUUCCUGCUCUUCAAGGGGAAGCUGCGUGCCGCUGCGACACGGGCGAAGUUCCACGAUUCCGCGGACCUCCGUUGGCUGGCUGAUCGGUACGGUCAGGCGAUCCAGAUGCGCAGGAAUGAGCUGAAUCCGCAGUAUAUUGGGCUUGCGUUGAAGAGAUAUCCAGAGUUGGAGCUUUUGUUUGGCCGGUUGGGCGUUGAUAUUGCGCGGGCGAAGCAUUCGGUGCGCGAUUUGAGUCCUUCGAGGCUUCCGCCGCCGGCGCAGGGGGAUGUGCAGAGGGGGUUGCUGGCGUAG